AUACCGUAGCGCGGACGAGUGCUACGCCGCCCGCCCUAUCGCUCUGCUACGAAUUCAAUACUUCUAAGUAUAUUUAAGCCUAACUGUUGAAAUACACUAUUCAAGAUGUGUGAAAGCCGGUCUCGAGUACAACAAAACGACUUGUUGCUUCAUGAAGCCGUCAUCAAGAAUGAGCCAGCUGCUGUUAGAGAGGCAUUGCAGAGACCCGCGGAUGUCAACUGUAGGAAUAAUUAUGGGCGGGCCCCAAUACACUGGGCGGCGAGUAGAGGCAAUGUGGAGAUAAUCAAAUUACUGAUCGACGCCAACUGUGAUAUUGAGGCUGUUGACAAGUUUGGCAUGCGUCCAUUGUUAAUGGCAGCGUGGCAUGGACACCUGGAUGCUGUUCAAGUUCUAGUGCAUGCUGGCGCUUGUCUGGCAGCUACCAAUAAGAAACAGAAUGAUCUUCUGCAAUGCGCGUGCGCCCGUGGUUCAUAUGACGUUGCCAUGUUCGUGAUUUCUAUCGGCGCAAAAGUGCAAACCACCGACACAACGGGCGACGCGUCCCUUGCGCUUGCUUCCCGAGCCGGUUACACCAACGUGGUGGAGCUUUUGUUGGAUAAAGGAGCUUAUAUCGAUGCAAUUAAUAAGGCUGGUCGCACGGCACUUCACCUAGCGUGUGAGGGAGGUCACAGCAGCACUGCCGCUCUCCUGAUGGCAAAGGGUGCAUCGCGCGAGGCUCGCGAUAACUCCGGCAGAACUCCAUUGCAUAUUGCAGCAGUCCAUCGACAUACUGAGUUGGUUCAGACCCUAUUGGAAAGCAAGUGUCACGUGGAUGCUGUUGAUUAUAAUAAUGUGACGGCGCUGCAGAUGGCGUGUGCGCAGGGAUGUCGCGGCAUUGUAGAGCACCUCCUUGCAUUUGGAGCAGAUGUGCAUUUACAGAAUAAUGUGGGGUCAUCCGCGCUGCAUGCUGCGUGCGCGGCCGAUGCGACAGACAUUGUUGAGUUGUUGCUGGCUCGUGGGGCAGACCCGGCCCUCACUGACCAGUGGUCUCAAUCACCACUAAGCGUUGCAGGCAGCGCUGCCGAGUCACCACCUGAAGGGUUUCGGCGCGCGGCUAGAGGUUCUUUUUCCGCAAUUUUAGGCCUACUGACUGCUACAGCCAACCUUGACCAUCACCAGGAACAAUCGGACGGAUCAUCAAGUCCUCGAAUUGAAGAGAAGUCUGGAGGUCACUCACCGGCGCCCACCGACGCAACAGAAGGCGACAAUGAGAGGUGAUGGUCAGCUACGACACUGCUGGAUAGACUGGCCCAGCGUGGUUUUGCAGCUGAUACUAGACUUGCGUUACCUCCAACAGGUUGUGCUCGCUACAGGGAGUUGUGCUAUCGAGCUGCCCAGGCGCAUUUGACAUACGAAAGUCCCCCGGGUCCAUGUCAAUGUACCAAUUGCGCUAAGCGACAGUCGAACUCGACGCAAAUAGGUUGAUUUAAUUAGCAUUUCUUGCAUACUUGUCCAAUUAAUAUAAAUUUUGUAAGUUAUGGCUUUAAAUGUAAAAAUAUGUUUUAUAUAAAUUAUUGGGCUUGAAAAUUAAGAAAGAAAGCAUUAAGCAAAGCUUAUUUCUCUUUCAUAUUGGUGUCCUGAUUGCUUUUCAGAUUUGAAUUUUCUACAUAUUUCUUGAAAUUGUUUUUAGGCACCUAUUUAAAUAAAAUCCUUGGUUUUUAUUGCAAUUAAACUGUUCAAUUAGGCCAAAAGAGACUUUUUAUCCCAGUGCCUUAUCCUAUCAAGCCAAUUAUAAUUUUAUUUCAAAAUUUCUCCUUGGGC